AUAACAGCACCAGCGGGAGCGCAGUGGCUGGCGCCAAGAGCAGCCCACAGUGCCGUGGCCCUCACGCCCUCGCAGAUGCUGCUGCUGGGAGGAGUGGGCGACGGUGGCUACUUCAAUGACACAUGGCUCUUUGACCUGCCCUCUGCCACGUGGCACCAGCUGCAUCCACCGAUCACAGCCGGCCCUGCCAUGCUGGGAUCACAUGUGUCGAUGGUGGAGCAUCCGGAAGAAGAGGAAGCGUCGGCAGCAGCAGCGGAGGCAGAGGCGGCGUGUGAGGAGGAGGAGGGGCAGCAGCCGCGGGCGUGCUUCUCCCACACGGCCACCCUGCUGCCCGACGGCUACACCAUCGCACUCUUUGGCGGCUGUGGGCGCGACGAGCAGCCAUGCAGCGACCUCAUGCUGCUGCACCUCCAGUGCCCUCCCGCCAGUCCUUCCCCUCUCUGUGCGCGCCCCCUCUCCUUUGCCUCUCUGCCCACGCCUGCUGCUACGCGCACGGGGGGCGAGGAGGAGAAGGGCAGCGGGGCAUGGGUGAUGGAACAAGGUGACAGAGCAGUGGGGAUGGAAGAGAAAGGAGGGGAAGCAUUGGGGAGGUGGCGGGAGGGAGGAGAGGCGAUGGAGUGGAGGGCGGUGUGGGAGGGAGGAGGGGAGGAAGAGGCUGAGGUGGGCAGGCAGCGGACAGGCGAAGAGAGGGGCUUUCUUGAUGAGCUGGCGGGCAUUCUGAAGGACGAUGCGCCCUGCACGUCACAGCCAGCAGCCACCCUCCGCGGUACCUCCCUUCCGCACUUGCUUCCUUCCUCCAUCCGCGCAGCUGGGCCGAGCAGCAAGCAUGCAGCGCCAGCACGAGGUGGAGCAGCGGGCGCAGAAGCAGAGAGGGGGCAGCAGGGCAGGGCGAGGGGGCGGCCGCGGCGCUACGUGGUGUCGGAGGCGGGCGAGCGCAUGUCGGGAGCAUCGCUGGCAGUGCGCGUGGACGGGGUGUUUGACGGCGGCGUCACACUCGCAGCGCAAGUCGGCGCCCACACGCUCUCCGGCGUGCUGCUCGCCCCACUUGCUGUGAGUUUCGCUGCCCUUUCCACCUCCAGCUGCCAGCCGUGUGCAGGCAACUCGCUGUACCAAGGCCACAUGAGGUUUUACGCUACCCCAUAUGAUCCCACAAUUUCUGUUUUCUUUGGCCUCUCAUGUCGUUUCUCACUCCACACUCCCCUGCUCCACCUUCACUUCACACCCAAGCCUUCCUGUCAUUCCCUCCCCUCCCGCUGCAUGCAGCUGAGGUCCAUCCUUCUCUCCCCGCCUCCCCACUUGUCCGCACCUCCUCCUCGCUCCGCCGCCACACCGCCGCCACCCUCUCCAGCACGCCCCUCAUCCGCACUGCUGCUGCCCGCCCUCCCUGCUUCCAAUGGGCGUCUGACACCUGGCGGUACCACCGCCCCAGACACUGACACUGGCGGUGGCUGUGGUGGCGGCAGCAGCGAUGGCUCCCUGCACCCACCAGCAGUGGCAGCAGCAGCUUCGUGCAGUGUGUCGGCUCAUUCCACCCCGCCAGCAGCAUCGGCUGACACGCAUCCAGAGAAGCCUGGUGGUGGCGGGGGGAGGAAGCGGCAGGGCGCAGCAGGUAGAGGUGGAGGGAGGGGGCGGGGGAGGCAGGGAGGGCGAAAGAAGAGGGCCAAGCAGAGUGGUGGUGAGGCGGGGGCAGGCGAGGCGGAUAUGGCGAAGGUGGGUGGGGAGGCAAGGCGGAGCAAAUCCAGGACAAGGAAGGGGCAGAUGGGGGGAGAGGGCAGGUGGGGAGGGGGAGGGGUGAGGGAAGGUGGGAGAGGGGAGGAGAAGGUGGAGCAGGGGGCGAUGGGGGAAGUGUGCAGGGAGGUGAGGGCGUGGGAGGCGGGAGAGGAGCGUCAAGGCAUGGAGGUGGUGAGCGGGGGAGAGCCGGGGGGAGGAGAGAGGAAGGAUGGAAUGCAAGGUGGUGAGUGGGAGCGAGCGCACGAGCAGCUUGAAAGGUGGGAGACGCGUGUUGGGCAAGGGGCACAGCCGUCUCCAAUGCAGCAAGAGCAGCAGCAGCAGCAGCAGCAGCAGCAGCAGCAGCAGCAGCAGCAGCAGCACGAUGCUGUGUCUGGUGUUGAGGCUACUUGGGCCCAUCCCAAUGCUGCACUGCAGCCGUCACCCUCUCUCAUGGCCGUACCAUCCCACCCCACUUGUAUGCUGCCCCCAUGGCCCUUGUCAAGUAGCGUGGCUCGGUACGGCCGCGAGAUGCAAGGGGACAGUGCAGAGCAGCAGAGGGCAGCGGAGCACGUAAGUGUACUUGCGGGAUAUGCUGUGACACACGAAGGAGGAGGAGGAGGACGACGGGGAGGAGUGGGGGCAAGUGGGGAGGGCAUGAACAAAGGGGAGGGCAUGAACGAAGGGGAGUGGGAUGAGGAGGUGGUGCAAUGGCAUGCAGACAUGCAUGUUAGCAUGCAUGGUGACGGGCAUGUUAGCAUGCAUGGUGACGGGCAUGUUAGCAUGCAUGGUGACGGGCAUGUUAGCAUGCAUGGUGACGGGCAUGUUAGCAUGCAUGGUGACGGGCAUGUUAGCAUGCAUGGUGACGGGCAUGUUAGCAUGCAUGGUGACGGGCAUGUUAGCAUGCAUGGUGACGGGCAUCUGCAGUGGCAUACUGAGGAGGAAGGAGGGAAUUAUGGAGGAGGGCAGGGUGGCAACGGCAUGAAAGCAGCCGGCCGUGGGGGGGUGGGAAGUGGCGCGCAUGCUGCCAUGGAGGCGGAGCAUGAGGCUGAGCCUGAGGCUGCGGCUGCGGCUGGGGCCGCACAUGCUCCACACAGCCCUCAUGGCCUCCACACCCUUUGCACUACGCAUGCCAGUCAGCGCCCUCUUGCCGCUCACAGCACCCUUGCCACCGCCGACCUUGUCACUCACGGCAUGUGCAGCAUGGAGCAGUGGAUGGCGCAGCUGCAGGGCGCACCGGGGCAUGGCAAGGGGCAUGGCGAGGGGAAUGGCGAGGGACAUGGCGAGGGGCACACAGGAGAGCAGGUGACAGGAGGGGCGCUGCAUCCUCAGCCUGCGGCUGGUGGCAACGCUGGCAGCUCGCUGCCCAGCCUGGCGGCACACCCACACUCUCAUGGCCACCUGUCACCGGGAUUGCAUGAGUGGGGCAAUUGCACAGGUGGCAGCGGCAGUGGCAGUGGCGAGUGGCAGCUGAUUGCGUCGCCUCCCUCCCCCCUCCACCUCAUCGGCCUUGACUCCUCCCUCCACUCCCCCUCGCUCCACCCUCAUUCACACAUCGCCUCACACGCGUCCCCCUCCACCCCUCCCUCACUGCAUCUGCCCCCCCUGUCCCUGCCACCGUUCCUGCUGCCGCCCCUCCACCUGCCCGCCCUGCCCUCAUCCGACCACGUGGGGUCGUCCCCCGCGCCCCCCACGCCCCACGGCAGCCGCCUCUCCCACUCCAGCCCACCCGCCGAGCACACAGGGGCAAGCAUGGGUGGGGCGCAGGGUCAACGGGAGGCUGCUGAAGGUGCACGUGGAGUUGCACUGAGCAGUGGAGAUGGGAGCGGUGUGCUUGAGGGUGCUCUCAAGGAUGGCAGGCCAGGGUUGAAUGGAGGUCAGAACCAUCAUCUAGAGCUGAUUAGGUUCUCUCCAUUGCAUUGGUGA